UCCGCUAGGGCUCUUCGAUCCCGAUCCUCGCCGCAAUGUCGGACGCAAUGGUAAAUGGAUUGGCAGGCGCUGGAGGCGGCCUCGUCGCGCAGCUCCUCACUUACCCGCUCCAGACGGUAAAUACUAGACAGCAGACGGAGAGGAGAUCAAAGAAGCCGUCUUCCUCCUCGUCGGAUGGUUCGCAAGCGACAAUUCGGAAGAGUGGCACAAUUUUGGAGAUCUACAGGGUGAUAGCGGAGGAAGGAUGGGGUGGAUUAUAUAGAGGUUUGACACCCUCACUUCUGGGAACAGUAGCGUCUCAGAGUGUGUACUACUAUUUCUAUCAGCUGUUUAGAAAUGCGGCCGAGUCUAAUGCUAGACGGAGGAGAAAGAAUGGCAUUGGAGAUGGUACUGUUGGUAUGUCCGACUCACUACUUGUAGCAGCAUUGGCAGGAAGCUUGAACGUACUCCUGACGAAUCCUAUCUGGGUCGUGGUGACUAGAAUGCAGACACAAACGCAAGCGGAAAUGAAAUCAAGCGCUCUUCAAAGUGAGAUUGAGAAACCUCCUGCAUCCCGUGAAGCAUUGCCAGCGGAUGUUGAAAGUCAAGAAAAACAAAUAAAUAUUGUCUCUCCUGCCACCAAUCAUGGUGCCGCCUACACUGUUCAAGACCUCUACCGCGAAGCCGGUUUAAUAGGCUUUUGGAAAGGAGUUCUUCCCACUCUUAUAAUGGUUAGCAAUCCCGCUAUUCAAUUUAUGAUUUAUGAGACCCUAUUAAAGGAACUCACCAAAAAGAGAAAGAUAAACAAGCAUGGGAUGAAAGAUGUUUCCCCUUUAGAGGUAAAUGCGAUUGCUUCCAACAUUCCUCGGUUGACAGUUAACUGCCAGAUUUUUGUAAUUGGUUCUAUUGGCAAGCUCGGUGCCACAAUUGCCACAUACCCGCUGCUCGUAGUAAAGUCGCGCCUCCAAGCGAAGCAAGCAAUCGGUAGGGAUAAAUCAACGCAGUACACAGGAACUUUAGAUGCAAUCUUCAAGAUGAUCAGGUACGAAGGUUUGACCGGGUUCUACAAGGGGAUGAGUACAAAGAUCGUACAGAGCGUGGCAGCUGCGGCCUUGCUCCUUAUGAUUAAGGAAGAGCUGGUCAAGGUGGCUAGAAAGCUAUUACUGAGGCGGCAAAAGAAACUUGCAUCUCGUUAGCUGCUAAGAGGCGAUUUGAAAUAAUUUCUGACUUGACUUCCCAAGGCGUGAAGGAUGUUCCAUUCUUGGCUCGUUUGAAAGCUGCCACCCGAAAGAUUUAAAGAUAUGGAUCGGUUGGAAUCCACACGGGUGUGGCCAAGCACUUUGUAUUGGUAGUCACAAGGGGCCACUCUUUCCUUUGUCGCAUUACAAGCCGGAGCAGAGCUGGAGAACAUGCAGGUGGAUUGGACUAGGAUCAGAGAUCAAGAGAGAGGGUCCGGGAUCUUCUUUCCAGCAAGUUGGAGCAGUCGUGAAUUGCGUGGAUGCUUGGUGGAAAGAGCUGUCACCAGGUUGCUGGGGCUUGUCAGGGACAAAGUCUUUGGCAAACACACUCUACUAGUAUGAAGACCGAUUGUCUUGUCA